UUACAGGAAAGAAUAUCGGUUCUAAAUUCGACAUUCCUUGGACUUGAACGGACAGUAAUAUCUCAUUUGGUUUUACAUUUCUCAAUGAAAAAGUUCGAAAUAAACGCAUUGGCACCAUUUCACAAUUUGGUAUCACUUAAAUUUCAUUCGGGGCGAACAAUGAACAUUCGGGAUGUCCAGAAAACACUUUAUGGAUUACAAAAGAGAAAAAUGGAAUAUCUAGAACUAACAGAUAACUACUUUCGAUCUGUCAGUAGUAUAUUUUUGAUGAAAUCUGACUUCGUUUAUCUACGCACAAUCUGUGUUCGAAAAAUUGAUCUUAGUAUGAAUAAUAUAGAGGGAAUAGAAAUGGACGCUAUAUUGUCAUGGCCUAAUAGGAAAUGCCUGGAAAUAUUAGACAUAUCCUCAAAUAAUUUCCUGUCCAUACACAUAUUUUACCUUCUUGUGUUGUUUCCAUCCUUAACUCAUUUAUAUGCUUCAGAUCAAAGUUCAAUAAAAUUUAGGAAACGUUCAUCAGCGUCUAUGGAGCAAACGUUGUUUCUACCACAUUCUCUUAUAUAUCUAAAUUUUUCUCGUAACCCCAUUGGUGGAUCGCUUGUAAAUUUAACACUUCAUGAAAGUAACAAUCUCAAAGUCCUGGAUGUGAGUUACCCGCUUAGGCAUCUGUCAUGUUCUUAUGGACGUUUAAAAGGUUUGGUCAAUCUAACAGAAUUCUACAUGUCAGGAUUUGAGUGUUCACAUCCUAACCCGGAAAUGUUUUCCGAUAUGCCCAACCUCUUAACAUUAGAAGCAAAGCAAUGUAACCUCGGACAUGUGCUUGCCAAAGAUAACAAUUUAUUAUUCAAAGGAAGGUACAAACUCACCUUCCUGGAUCUCUCCGCCAAUAACAUAUAUUUAUUGAGCCCCAUAAUAUUUGCAGAUCAGCAAUAUUCACUGAAAACGUUAAUUUUUGCUUCAAAUCAAUUGAUUAGCCUUCAUACGCACAUCCUAAUGGAGCUCCAUGCACUAGAAACUUUGGAUGUUAGUCAUAAUCGCAUACUAACGUUGACAAAAUCAGACAUUGCACUUCUGGAUACACAUCAAACUAAAUCUCCCGCAUUCAAAGUUAAUCUGUUUGGAAACCCGUUGGUGUGCAGCUGUGAAGUAUUGGACUUCCUUGAUUGGGUUGGCACAACAAACAUGUUAUAUAACAGAGACAAUCUUUUAUGCAGUACACCAGAUGGCAGUCAGAUAAAGGUGAUGACAUUCCUUCAAACAUUUGGUCAAUUUAAGGAAAGGUGUGCUUCUCAAUUCUGGUUAAUCAUAUCUAUGAUAAUGAUCAUCGUUUUCGUUUUUACGGCUUUUCUAUCCAGAGUGGUUUGGAAACACAGUGUGAAAUUGAGGGUAUGGUGUAGACAGCCUUUGGAAUAUGAAGUGUUCCCAUUCGAUGUCUUUAUAAUCUACUGCAACGAGGAUGCAAGAUGGGUUACUAGAACACUUGUUCCUUGGCUGGAGCAGGAAGAUGUUGAAUACUGCAUCGAUGACAAAAGUUUCGAACUAGGGUUACACAUUUGGGACAACAUUAUGAACGCUAUCGAUAACUCACGCAAGUCUAUUUUUGUUGUAAGCUGCAAGUAUUUUAAGCGGGAAUGGCAAACUUUCGCAAUGCAACUAGCCAGUGCGUAUUCUUUUCGAGACGGACGAGAAAAUAUGAAUGUCAUUAUUCUAAUGAAUGAUAUGAGACGAAGUGAAUUUCCGAAGCUUAUUCGUAAAAACUGGGAUAAAAUACGUCCUAUUAUAUGGCCUGACGAAAACUGUUCUGAUAAAAAUAAGCUCAUUAAAGCUAAAAAGGCAUUUUGGAGAACAUUGUUGGGACGAAUUAAAAAUUGAAACAGAAUUUUGGGUAAAAAAUCCGAUACUACAGUGUGAUUAACAAUAAAUAUAAUAACCAUGAAACGUUACUGAUGUCGUAAAUUCAUUAUUGGAUUAAGUAUUUAAGUAGAAAGAAAAAAAAUGUAUGUUAGAAUAGCUGAAAUCAUAAUGGAUUUUCAUUAUCAGACAAUUGUGAUUAUUGUGAUGACUUAUAUAUAUGAUAUAUACAGUGUGUUUGGUAUAUCUAGUGAUCUUGUGUAUAUUUUGUACUAUAUUGCUUAUUAAGUAUGUAUAAUUUCUUUAUAAUUCUGCAUAAAGUUUACAUUGUUUCGAACUGUAAAGUGUGCACUUAAAAAUAUUUUAUAUACUUUUUGUAUUGUGCAUAUUGAGUUUAAUAUCUUAUUAUAUAAAUGAUGUGAUCGUUUUGAAGAAAUAAAGGAAUUAAUAGUCAAAUCUGAUUUUAAAUUUAAAAUUUAAGUGUAACGCUAGGUUGUGUUCAGAGUUAAAGUCAAAAUAUUAAGAAUUACCUAUAAAACUUUGCGGUUUUGUAAGAUUU